AUGUUAGCCACGUUCAAAUCGUUCCACAACAUCUAUCGCUUACUUUUCCUCCUUUUCCUGAUUACCACUCUUCCAAACGUAUCCCAACUGAUGAGGUUCGGCAGAACGAAGGACCUGAUCAUGAACGCGAUCGCUUUGAACAAAUUCUUGAACGAGUCGCGAAACUUCGCCUCGAAAGCCCAACUGGACAGCACACCGGAAUCGAAUUCUCGAUACGACUUCAUAGUGAUCGGAGCUGGGACGGCGGGUGCGGCCGUUGCAUCCAGACUCUCCGAGAUCGAGGACCUAACCGUUCUUCUGAUCGAGACAGGGCUCGAGGAGGAGCUCUACAUGGACAUACCCUUGCUGGCGAACUUUCUCCAACGGAUACCAGGCCUCGACUGGAUGUACCAAACGGAAUCGUCCGAGAAUUACUGCAGGGGGAUGGUCGGGCGCAAGUGCUCUUUCCCCCAAGGGAAAGUAAUGGGCGGCAGUAGCGUGAUCAACUUCAUGAUCGCAACGAGGGGCAACAAGUGGGAUUACGACAACUGGGCCAGGAUGGGGAACCGUGGAUGGUCGUACGACGACGUGUUGAAGUACUUCAAGAGGCUGGAGAACAUGAUGAUACCCGAGUACAGGAACGACACCGCCUACCACGGCACGGAGGGCCCGGUCAGCAUUAAUUACCCCCGUUUCAACACAACGGUGGCGAGAACGUUCGUGGAGGCUGGCCAGGAGCUCGGCUACCCCCUGUUGGACUACAACGGUGCACGGCAAGUGGGCGUUUCCCUGUUACAAUCGACCACCGACGGGGGUGUACGAAUGAGCAGCAACAAAGCGUACCUUUCCGGCAAGCGGAGGAGGAAUCUUCGCGUGACGAAGCUGAGCACGGUGCACAGGAUACUGUUCGACGACGGGAGGCGGCGGGCCGUGGGAGUGGAAUUCGCGAAGAGGGGGCGGCUUCUCACCGUGUACGCGGACAAGGAGGUGAUCGUCUCCGCUGGGGCGAUAUCCACCCCCAAGCUGUUAAUGCUGUCCGGGAUAGGGCCGGCCGAGCACUUGAAGGAGCUGGGCAUAGAGGUGGUGAGGGACGCCCGAGUCGGUGACAAUUUGAUGGACCACGUGGCGUACGGAGGCCUGGUUUACGACAUCGACCAACGCGUGAACGUGAUCAGAAACGAUAUAUUCCGAAGUCUAAUCCUCCACGAUUACUUCAUGGACAGAGACGGGCCGCUGACCACGCUCGGAGGCUGCGAGGCGCUCGCGUUCAUCGACGUGGACGACCCGGGCGAGAGGGAUGUUCCCAACAUGGAGUUACUUUUCCUGGGUACCUCGAUAUACACCGUCAACACUAUAGGCAAGAACUUCGGGCUGAACGAGCAGAUAGCGAGGAAAUUCAGCUCGUACCGUAAUCGGCGGGCGUUGUCGGUGUUCCCGAUGCUGCUGCACCCGAAGAGCAGGGGGAGGAUAAGGCUGAGGUCCAGGAACGUGGACGACAAGCCGAGGAUAUUCCCGAAUUACAUGAGCGACCCGGAUGACAUCAGGAUGCUGAUCAAGGGGAUCAAGGCGGCCAACCAGUUUCUUCUCACGACGAAGGCCUUCCAGAGACUCGGAGCACGGCUUAAUAACGAAACGAUGCUCGAGUGCGAGAAACUCCCUUUCGACAGUGACGCUUAUUGGGAGUGCAAUUUGAGGCUGCUACCGCUCACCAUUUACCAUUAUAGCGGCACGUGCAAAAUGGGGCCGGAGAGUGACAAAACUGCCGUGGUGGAUCCGACGUUGAAGGUAAUCGGUAUGAAGGGGUUGAGAGUGGUCGAUGCUUCGAUAAUGCCGAUGAUACCGUCGGGCCACACCAAUAUUCCCACGUACAUGAUCGCGGAAAAGGCAUCCGAUAUGAUUAAAGAUGAGUGGGGAUAUCCCACUUCUUAAUAUUGUUGUUGGAUAAUUAAAAGUAAUAUAGAUAUAUAGGUAAGAUAUUUGUUUAAUAGAUUCCACGUAUUGAGAAAAGGAUACGAAUUAGGAACGUACAUUUGAAAUCUUGCCAGUUGAAGUAUACACGAUAAGAAUUAAAAAUUAUAUAUAUAGGUAAGAUAUUUGCACAAUACAUUCUACGUAUUAAGUAUAAAUGCAAAUUAAUCAACGUAUCAUAUUUGAAAUUAAUCUUGUCAGUUAGAAGUAAUUUAUACGCAAUAAAAAUUAAAAUGUGGUGUAUAUAUAGAUAAAAUAUUCGUUAUAUAGAAUAAUAAGAUAUUCAGUUGAAUA